GGUCGGUGGGAGUCUUGCAAUUUUCUCGAGUGAAAUUCAUCAGCAAAAUCCGAGCUGCCAAGUUGUCGAUGUCUGUGGCCGAUUGUUUGGCAGUGGCCGAGACGGUUCUCGUGUAUCGUUCCGAGGGAACUUGACAUGUCACCCAUGUCGCAGUCAAAGUCAGCUUGCUUGAUCAGAGGUGAUUUUUGUUGAUUGAGAGGAGGAUAUAUAUAACAUAGUUUUCUUUUUCUUUCGAGGAGGAUAACUUCCUUUUUUUUCCUUUCGAGGAUAGCCUUAGCUUUUUACCUUGAGCAAUUAGGAUAACCUAGAUUACUUUUUGUUGAUUGAGUCAUUUGUUUUGACAAAGGGUGGAUUUUAUUGACUCAUGAUGAUGCAUCAAGAGGAUAUAAAACACAAGCACACACCCGGACUCUGCAUAGUUAGGAUGCACACAGUCAACAUCGACUCACACAUAAACACGCCGACAACUAGAACAGUCAUAUUAGAUCAAAGUUAUGCGUAGGCGUGGAAAAAAAGUUGCAAAGUUGGUUGAGUCAUUGAGAGGAGGAUACCAUAGUUUUCAUUCAUCGCUUGGCAUUGCUUGGGCCCAGUAGCACAUGGAGUCAUUUGGCCUCACGUACGCGUCCGCACCGAGCGCUCAAUACAAUCGAGUUCUGCAUGUCUCAAUCACUUGAGCGUGCAGCCGAGGCCGGCCGGCCGGCCGGCGGUGAUGCCGAUGUCCGUAGAACUCGAUUCAAAGUCUCCGCUGAUCUCUCUAUUGCAUCCAUUCCACUUCCCAACACGUACGCACUCUAUCCCACUCCUCGCCGGCCGGCCAUGGCAGUGAUGCCGAUGCCCACGCCCCGAUCUCUCAUCCUCCUGCUCCUCCUCGCCACCCCCUUCUUCAUCCUCCUCCCCCACCCCUCCGCCGCCUCUGUCUCCCACCCGGACCUCAUCCUGCCCAAGGUGGUCAACGACAACGAGGCCCACGUGGUCGUCCUCACCGCCGCCAACUUCUCCUCAUUCCUCGCCGCCCGCCGCCACGUCGUGGUUGACUUCUACGCACCCUGGUGCUACUGGUCAUGCAAACUCGCCCCCGAGUAUGCCGCGGCCGCGUCGCACCUGGCGGACAAGGGGCUCGAUGUCGCACUCGCCAAGGUCGACGCCACCCAGGAACGUCAGCUCGCGCGCGCGCACGGCGUCGAGGGAUACCCCACCGUCCUCUUCUUCGUGGACGGCGUGCCCAGGCACUACCCCUACUACGGCGAGAGGACCAAGGACGCCAUGGUCGUUUGGGUAUCCCAGAGGUCGGUCCCUGAGGUGCAGAACGUCAGCACCAUCUACGAAGCCGAGAAGAUCAUCACCGGCCACGGCGUGGCUGUGCUCGCCUUCCUCGACUCCCGCUCGGGUGCUCACGGUGAUGAGCUUGCCGCUGCCUCAAGGCUGGAAGAUAUGAACAGCUUGUACCGGGCUGUCAACUUCUACCAGACUACCAGUCCUGAUGUAGCCAAGCUUUUCCACAUUGACCCGGAAGCAAAGCGCCCAUCACUAGUCCUGCUCAACAAACAGGAGGAGAAGUUGACCCUAUAUGAUGGCGAGUUCAGAGCGUCUCUGAUUGCCAAGUUUGUUUCGGACAACAAAAUCCCAUUGAUCACAUACCACCAUCACACAGGAAGCCGCCUCUCCGAUAUUUGAUAAUCCGAUCAAGAAGGAAGCAAAUCCGAUCCUGUUGUAUGCCAUGGGGCAUUUUUUAUAUUUAUAUGUAUCGAUGGAAUUGAUGAAUUGAGUUGAACGAAAUGGAAAUGCUUGUUUAUAUGGAUGCAAUGCAACGAACCCAAAGCAGCAGAGC